CAGCAGCCUUCACAUCAACACGCCCUAAAACCGCUCUCGAGAGACGAAUCGCUCCAUCUUCUUCUAGAAGCUUCUUCUUCGUCGCCUUCAAGGUCACACGACAAUGGAGUUCUGGGGUGUUGAAGUUAAGAAUGGCACACCACUUCAUAUAGAUCCUGGGGUAGAUAUGCUCGUGCACAUCUCACAGGUUGCUUUGGGAGAGAAUGAGAGCAAUGUAACCGAACCAAUCCAGCUUUACGUGACAGUUGGACAGGAUAAGCUUCUCAUUGGAACGCUAUCUCAUGAGAGGUUUCCUCAGCUGGCUACGGAGAUUGUGUUGGAAAGGAACUUUGCGCUGUCUCAUACUUGGAAGAAUGGGAGCGUUUUCUUCUCUGGUUACAAAGUUGAUGCAUCUGAUGAUCCCGUGACUGAUAAUACGACUGACGCUGAACUUGAGGCUGCUGGUUACAGAGCUGCUCCGAAAUCAGCUGCGAAACAGGUGAACUUUCAAUUGCCAAAUGAAGAUGUCAAGGCCAAGCAAGAUGAUGAAGCUGAUGAUAGUGAAGAGGAGUCUUCAGAUGAUGAUGAGAACUCUAACUCUGAAGACUCUGGAGAUGAGGAGGUUGCUGCUGCAGUUGGCAGUGAGGAAGAUGAUGAAGAUGACUCAUCAGACGACGAAGAAGAUGACUCAUCAGAGGAGGAGACCCCAAAGAAGCCUGAAGAACCCAAGAAGAGGUCUGCAGAAGCCAACUCCUCCAAGAACCCUGCUUCCAACAAGAAGGCUAAGUUCGUAACUCCUCAGAAAACAGAGACAAAGAAACCGCAUGUCCAUGUUGCAACUCCUCAUCCAUCAAAACAGGGGGGUAAUAAUUCUGGUGGAAGCAGCAUUGGAGAGAAAGCGAAGCAGCAGCAGACACCGAAGUCUGCAGGAGCGUUUGGGUGCAAGUCGUGCAGCAGGACCUUUACUUCGGAAAUGGGAUUGCAGUCUCACACAAAGGCCAAACACAGUGCAGCUGCUUGAAAAUCAUAAGAAGAAGUAGCUUGAUGACUAUCCUCUAUAAUAUCUACUCUAGAACUUUGAUGUCUUUUGGUACUCAAAUCUGGAACUUGCGAGUGAGCCAGUUUUAGUUGGUCUUUUUUUCAGGCGUUUUAUCCUGUUUUUCUUUUAUCGUUUUGGUAGCUGAAACAUUGCUAAACGUUUGUUUGUGCUUGGUAGUAAUAUGGAUAUUAAGUCUUUUUGGAGACUUCUCUAGUGAAAACCUACAUUUGAA